CCCGCCCUGGCCCUGACCGUGUUCGCGGCCUCGCUCAGCUCGCUCAGCUUCGGCUUCCACAUCGGAGUCAUCAACGCGCCCCAAAAGGUCCUGGAAGGGGAGUACAACGCGACGUGGGCGCGGCGCUGGGGGUCCCCCCCGCCCCCCCAGACCAUCUCCCUGCUCUGGGCGCUGUCGGUCGCCAUCUUCUCGGUGGGGGGGAUGGGCACGGCCCUGGCGGGCGGGGCCAUGGCAGAGAGGCUGGGCAGGAAAGGCGCCCUAUUGGCCACCAACGGCCUGGCUGUGGUGGGCGGGGCCCUGAUGGGCGGAGCCAAACUGGGCCCCACCUACACCCUCAUCAUCCUCGGCCGCUUCGUCGUGGGCGCCUAUUCAGGGCUGGUGUCGGUGCUGGUGCCGCUCUACGUGGGCGAGGUGGCGCCGCUGCGGCUCCGGGGGGCUCUGGGGACCCUGCACCAGCUCGGGAUCGUCCUCGGCAUCCUGGCGGCGCAGGUGCUGGGGCUGCGGGCGCUGCUGGGGACGCCGGCGGCGUGGCCGGCGCUGUUCGGGGCGGGGCUGCUGCCGGCGGCGCUGCAGCUGCUGCUGCUGCCGCUGUGUCCCGAGAGCCCCCGGUUCCUGCUGGCCCGGGGCCAGCGCGGCCGCGCCCGCCGCGGUGAGUGCGGAGCCUUCGGCCUCGCGGGGCCGCUCCUCCGCCCUGCGGGACUGGCGGCGCUGGAGGCGGAGCUUGGCCGAGGCCCCGCCCCCAGGGUGGGGCUGCUGGAGCUGCUGCGGAGCCGCCGGUACCGGCAGCCGCUGAUCGUCACCCUGGGGCUGCAGCUGGCGCAGCAGCUCUCGGGGAUAAACGCGAUCUUUUACUACUCGACGUCCAUCUUUGAGGGGGCGGGGCUACAGGACCCGGCCGUCGGCACCAUCGGCACGGGCGUGGUCAACGUGGCCGCCACCGCCCUGUCGGUGGUGCUGGUGGAGCGGGCGGGGCGCCGGCUGCUGCAGCUCGUGGGGCUCCUGGGAAUGAUGGCGUGCGCCGCCACCCUGGGCGUGGCCCUCAAGCUCGGGGGUCCGGUUUGGGGCGCUCUGGCUCUGGGGGCCGCCCUGGCCUUUGUGGGGUUUUUCGCGGUGGGUCCGGGACCCCUCCCCUGGUUCGUGGGGGCCGAACUCUUCCCCCCGGGGCCCCGCGGGGCCGCGCUGGCCCUGGCCGGACUCGUCAACUGGGCCAGCAACACGGCCGUGGCCAUGGCUUUCCCCGCCCUGCAGGACGCCCUCGGCCCCUUCGUCUUCCUCCUUUUCGGGGGGCUCCUGGGGGGCUUCGCCCUCUUCACCUUCCUGCUGCUCCCCGAAACCCGCGGCCGCCCCUUCCCCGGCCCCGGGGACCCCCAAAAUCCGCCCCCCGCCGCCCUGCUGGGCCCCCCGGAGAAGGACACGGAGCUGCAGUGCUUGGCCAGCCAAGAGGAGCCCUGAGGGGCCCCCCAAAAUUUUUUGGGGUUUUUUUUUUUUUUUUUGGGGGGGGGGGGGACGCUUUGGGGACGAUUUUUUUGGGGUUUUUUUCCCCCGGUUCAGGGGUGGGAUUUUGGGAUUUUUUGGGAUUUUUUGGGGUUUCCCCCCCGUCCCGGUUGUAAAUAAAAGGUGAGGGCAAA